AUGCAGGCUGCACAGCAGUCCUGGGAGUUUGGAAAUGCCAUCAGUGUGUUUGACCCACAAAAAGAUGCUCUAUAUCAAUAUGACGAAGCCACCCAAAAACGACUAAAUGCCGAGCGACCUUGGGCAUCGGAUCCCUAUUACUUCAAAUCCGUCCGCAUCUCUGCGGUAGCGCUCCUCAAGAUGGUGAUGCACGCCCGCUCGGGUGGAUCUCUCGAAGUCAUGGGCUUGAUGCAAGGCUACAUCCUGCCCAGCACAUUUGUUGUGACCGAUGCAUUCCGAUUGCCUGUCGAAGGAACCGAGACCCGAGUGAAUGCCCAAGACGAGGCCAACGAAUACAUGGUGUCAUAUCUACAAUCGUGCCGAGACGCAGGGCGGAUGGAAAAUGCUGUUGGCUGGUACCACAGCCACCCAGGAUACGGGUGUUGGCUCUCCGGUAUAGACGUGGCGACCCAACAGACCCAACAGAUGACCGGUCCGUUCGUGGCUGUUGUCAUUGACCCCGAGCGAACAAUCUCAGCUGGACGUGUGGAGAUCGGUGCGUUCCGCACAUUCCCACUCGACUUCAUGCCAUCAAAAGAGACACAAGAAGACGACGAAUACCAGACUAUUCCUCUCGGCAAGGCGGAGGAUUUCGGCGCGCACGCCAACCAAUACUACUCACUUGAAACGACACACUACAAGAGCACGCUAGACGCUGAAAUUCUGUCUUUGCUCUGGAAUAAGUACUGGGUCGCAACUCUUAGCCAAAGUCCACUCUUCACAUCCCGCGACUUUGGCAGCAAGCAAAUGAUGGACCUCAGCCAAAAGGUGCGUAAGGCAGCACGAGUCAUCGAAACCAGUGGCCCUCGAGGUGGCUCUGCGACAGCAAAAGACCAGCAAUUGGAAAAGGUUGUUCGCGGGGGACAACGUAUUGUGUCGGAAGAAGUCAAAGGGCUUUUGGCUUCAGAGGUCAAAAUGAAGCUUUUCCAGGACAUCGCGAAUGGUUCCCCCUCACAAGCUUGA